GGGAGGCUGUGGAGUCGGCGCCCCCUCUUGCCUUCAUCACCACCACCCUUCAGCAUCCGACUAUAAAGUUGCAGUUGCAGGGAGGGGAUGAUGAUGUUGCCGAGGAUGCGCUGAUCCUCUGACACCAUGAUGCAGCCAUCACCCACUGCCGACAAUAGCAGCCGGAAGCAGCCGCGCUCCUCCUCCCCGGCCGGCCUCAAAGACGGCGGCUCUAAAGCGACACAGAAAGGGAGCAGCCCGUCAAAGCCUGUCGCCUCAAAGCAAGCAGCAGCAGGAGGAGGGGGAGGGAGAAGCAGCCGAGGACAUUCUCCUGUGUCCACCGGCCGGGAGCGGCAGGCCGGGGGGGCUCCUGCAGCUAAAGGCGCGGCUGCUAACCAGGCUGCAGGUGCUGAAAGCCCCACAUUGAGCAGGGCGGCGACAGACAGAAGUGGCGUCCAGACAUCUGGUGACUCCCCACGCCCUGAUGCCUCCUCCCCCUCCAGGGGCGAUCCGAACAGAGUGGUGUCAGACCAGCCCUGCGCAUCCAAAUCCCCGAAAUUGAGGAGCAAAAACACAAGAGGAGGGGAAGCCUCUGCGGCGACGGGUGGGGGUAAGAAGAGCUCCAAGAGCACAGUCGGCUGCGGACCUGGCUUCUGGAAGGAGGGGUGCUUGCAAUCAGAGCUGAUUCAGUAUCACCUGAAUAAAAGCUUAGGGAAGAAAGGGACAAAGAUGCAGACGACACCAGCCUCGCCCCCUGCCUUGGAGCUGUCUCCUGAGCCCCAGUGUCCACAACACGCCCCCCAGCAGGACCAGACACUACUGGAGGAGAUAGACCGACUUGAGGAUGAAAAUGACGAUCUCAAGACUGAAAUCGAGGAGAUGCGAGCAGAGAUGGAUGAGAUGCGAGACACCUUCUACGAGGAAGACGCCUGUCAGCUACAAGAUAUGCGUAAGGAGCUGGAGAGGGCCAACAAGAACUGUAGAAUACUCCAAUAUCGCCUGAAGAAGGCGGAGAAGAAAAGGAUUCGCUUCACAGAGAGUGGCCAAGUGGAUGGAGAGCUGCUCAGAAGUCUUGAGCAAGACCUAAAGGUGGCAAAAGAUGUGUCUGUGCGUUUGCACCAUGAACUGGAGAACGUGGAGGAGAAGAGGACAAAGACAGAAGAGGAGAAUGAGCAGUUGAGACAGAAGCUGAUAGAAGUCGAAAUCACCAAACAAGCUCUUCAAAAUGAGCUAGAUAAAGCAAAAGAGCUUUCACUGAAAAGAAAGGGAAGUAAAGAUGGUCAGAAGGAGAAAAAGGCUCCACAGACUCCAUUUGAGGAAGAACAUGAAGAUCUGAAGUGUCAGCUUGCCUUCAUCAAGGAGGAGGCUGUCUUGAUGAGAAAAAAGAUGGCAAAGAUAGACAAGGAGAAGGAUCGCCUUGAGCAAGAGUUGCAAAAGUACCGCUCAUUCUACGGAGACGUGGACAGCCCUCUGCCCAAAGGUGAAGCAGGAGGUCCUCCCACCACGCGCGAGUCUGAACUGAAGCUUCGUUUACGUUUGGUGGAGGAGGAAGCCAACAUCCUGGGGAGGAAGAUUGUGGAGCUGGAGGUAGAGAACAGAGGACUGAAGGCCGAGCUGGAUGACAUGAGAGAGGACAGCAUGGCGGCUGCAGGACUGAAUGGGGAUGGCAGUGGAGGUCAACAGUGCAGGGAGCAGGGUGAAGCUCUCUCAGAGCUGAGGCAGCAGCUGCAACUGGUGGAGGAUGAAGCAGAACUUUUGCGCAGAAAUUUAGCAGAUGUGGAGGAUGAAAACAAAAAGGUGACAAAUGAGCUGAACAAGCUAAAGUACAAGGCUGGAUCCCAUGAAGCUGGCUCCAGACACGGAGGAGGAGCUGACCUUGCUAAAGUGGAGGUCCUCCAGGAGGAGCUUAAGGCAGCCCGUCUGCAGAUCAAUGAGCUGAGUGGCAAAGUGUUGCAGCUCCAGUAUGAGAAUCGAGUGCUGCUAUCCAACAUGCAGCGCUACGACCUGGCUUCCCAUCUGGGCAUCCGAGGCAGCCCGCGAGACAGUGAUGCGGAAAGUGACGGAGGGCGGGACGAUGACACCCCCUCAGCCUCGGCCUCCUCUCCUCGUUUGCUUCCGCCCCACCGUAAAAGGGAGGGCCCAAUUGGAGGUGAGAGUGAUCCGGAUGAAGUGAGGAACAUCCGUUGCCUUACUCCAACACGCUCCCUUUACUCGCCUGUGGAGAGUCGUUUUUUAUCCAGAAGCCUGAAGGAACGGCAACAAAUGAUAGACAUCCGAAUCGAGGCCGAAAGGCUGUGCCGGACCAUCGACAGGCUCAUCGCUGACACCAGCACCAUCAUUGCUGAGGCUCGGGUUUAUGUUACGAAUGGUGAGCUGUAUGCCAGGCUGGAUGAUGACGAGGAAGGUGGCAGAAUCCGAGAACAUGAGCUGCUAUAUCGCAUUAACGCACAGAUGAAAGCCUUUAGAAAGGAGCUACAGGGCUUCAUUGACCGGCUUGAUGUUCCCAAACAAGAUGACAAACAACCAGAGGAACCUCUAUCUAUGUUUCAGCCCAUUAUUUUGCUGAUCCUCAUUCUUGUUCUGUUCUCCUCACUUUCCUAUGCCACCAUUUUUAAACUUGUGUUUCUUUUCACCCUUUUCUUUGUUCUGUAGGGCUCAAAAUGUAUACGUUGUG